AUGCUCGGCUCAUCUCGGUUCUCAUUUGCUGUCCUCCUCCACCUCGCGGUCUGCUUCCUGGCAUGCGCUAACGCGCUCCCAGUGCUCCUGCCUCGGCAGGGCAAUUCCACUACUAUCCAGACAACCAACACAUAUGAGAGUCCAUCUGGCCCGAUGACUGAGACAUGUUCCAUCACUCUCACUCCUAUGGCUCCCGGCCCAAAUGGAGAAUCCGUCGUGCAAGAAGUCAAAUCGUGCUCAGUGGCUCCAGCAUCUUCCAGUGGCUCAGAUUCAGGCAGUGCUGGCGUCUCAGACCCGUCUGCGUCGUCACCGGUUAACCCUUCCACCCCGUCGGCCGCAGAGUCUACCAUGGUCGUCACAACGCCGAGCGUAGUUCCAACCACUCCAGCCAUGUCAGUUGUGGGCCUGACCACCGUGCCAGCCUCGGCUGUCCCCACCGGGGCUUCUGCGGCAACAUCCGCAGCUACCUCUAGCCCUGUUGCUGCGUCACACACUGCUUCUGCUACCAACAACAAUACCAGUCUGUCUACGCCGGCGGCCGCCAACGCCGAGAACGCGGUCGUGACGCCCUUCGCCCUUCCUGGCACGAAGAUCCUUGUCCUGCCUGUUGGGUUGAUCAUCUUCUGUACAGUGACGGGCAUCGGUUUAGUCGUGUUCUCGGUGGUCACGUUUGAACGGUCCAGAUACCGCAAGACGUUCAGGAAGCGCCGCCUUGCGGAACAAGGCGCCGCCAUGGGUUGGGGUGGCAUGGCACCUGGCAUCAAGAAUUAG